AUGUACAAAUUCGGACCUGGCUAUGUCUGCGCCGAUAAUGGCACCCAUCGACACAGGGGAGGGGGGCUUGCUAUGUACGUGUCAGGGCCAACGUGCAGUCUGAAUGAUGACCUCAGGAGCCGCCCCAUGCUUGAGGAACACAGUAGGCUGAAGGAUGUCGAGGUAGCAUUUGUUCCGCCCCUACAUACCGAACCAGAUAUUCAGCUGAAGAUGGAGGGAAUUUCUCGUGAGAUCUUCGCGCUGGCCGAGAAGCAUGCUAGUUGGAAAGGAUACGCGACGCCGAGGGCGGCGCGCACGACAGAAAGCGGGGCAACGGCAGGCGGGCCGGAGUGGCCGGAGUGGCCGGAGGUAGUCGGGAUGCACAGCAUGCGCCUGGUUGAUUUGAUGGUUGGCGGGGGUGUCAGAAGCGGUGGUUAUCGAUUGGUGGGAUUGGCCCGGUCACUACGCCAUCGCUCGCAGAUGACGUCCGUCGCAGUGCCUCCAAAUCUUUCCUGCGGCCGGUGGCGCGUGUUCGACCAUCUGGUGACAUUUGUUAUUCCCCCUCCGUCUGGAAUAACUACACCGCGCACUUGCAUGGGCUCACGCACUUUCUGCGCGGUGUACUCGACGUACUCGGCAGCAUCUCCGACCGCGCAGACACAACUUCGGGGCCGACGAGACGGACGGAACACGGAGGGGCAGAACAAGGUUAGCGACGAGAGUGGAGCAAGAAGCGUUGCAGAGCGAUGGGAGAAGCACCCUGCUCUCCGGGAUGAUUAA